AUGUUUUUCAAGUCCAAAGAACGUGGGACAGCCGUUGACCAUGGUCCAGAGACCCAUCAUACCUUCGAGGAUAGCAAGCCCGAAGAGUGCCAUGUGGAGAGCAUCCGUCAUUCCCAGGUCCGCUACGAAAUAGACCCUAUCUUAAGCAAACGUCUCGAUCGCAAGUUUGACGUUCACAUUAUUCCUUGGCUUUUCGGCAUUUGGCUUUUCGCGUUUAUCGAUAGAAGCAACAUUGGGAAUGCCAAGAUUGACGGGCUUUUGGAGGACCUCGAUAUGGUAACUGGCACGAAGUUCAAUGUUGCGUUGUUGGUCUUCUACAUCCCGUACAUCCUCGUCGAUGUUCCAAGCAACUGGAUUGUGAAGAAAGUCCGAGCCGGCGUCUAUCUGCCAACUCUCAUCACUUGCUGGGGCAUCGUAAGCACGUUUCUUGGUUUCACAAAAUCCUUCGCAGGUCUUGUGAUCUGUCGAUUGCUUCUUGGACUCUUCGAGGGCGGCCUACUUGGAGGUAUCGUUGUGUACCUGGCAAUGUUCUAUCGUCGACAUCAGAUGUUGUAUCGCAUCGGCCUAUUUUACUGCGCAGCACCCUUAUCUGGCGCUUUUGGAGGGCUGCUCGCCACAGGUUUAGCAACGAUACGACAUGGUGGCUAUAACCGGUGGCCUUGGAUCUUCUUUGUGGAGGGUGCAAUUACAACCGUCUUCGGUGUAAUCUGCUUCUUCUUUAUGCCAAGCACGCCAGCGGAUGCGAAGUUCCUCACAACGGAUGAACGUACACAGGCCAUGAGAAGAUUAAGAGAAGACUCACAUGGUGCUACUGACGUUGAAGACGUCAAUGAUGAGCACUUCAGCUGGCACUGGGUGAGGAUGGCUGUGCUCGCGCCGCAGACAUAUUUUUGUACUCUGGCAUGGAUAUUCCUUCUUAUUCCUCUUUACAGCUUCUCGCUUUUUCUACCAUCGAUCAUCCAGGGCCUCGGAUAUCGCAGCACCACUCAGAUCCAGCUUCUCACAGUUCCGCCCAACAUCGCCGCUUUUCUUGUCGUGCUCGCCACGUCUGCUCUUUCGGACAAAAUCAAGGCACGAGGUCCUGUCAUGGCCGUUGGAAGCAUGGUAGCUUUGUGUGGGUAUGUCAUGAUUCUUGCCUCAAAGUCAAGCAAUGUUCGCUAUGGGGGUACGUUUCUCAUUGCAACGGGAGUCUUCCCUGGAAGUGCGAUGAUCAUGGGCUGGCUUUCCAACAAUUUGGCUCCUCACUAUGUUCGUGCUACCGGAGUUGGGUUGUUGAUUGGCCUAGCAAACACGUCUGCCUUUCCAGCCACGUUCAUUUACCUGCAGAAGGAUGCUCCGGAUUAUGUUUUGGGCCACUCGGUCUGCGUAGGAUCUCUGGUCCUUUGCUGUGCCACCGUAUGCCUACAGAUGCUCUAUUGUCGAUGGGAAAACUCGAAACGAGAGCGGGGAGAUCGAGAUGAGCGACUGCACGGGAAUAGGAUUCACCUUCUUGGACAUCGACACCCAGCUUAUCGGUACACCUUAUAA